AUGAUGGGCAAGGGCUCGUCCAAGACGAGCACGACGGUGCUCCCACUCAUCCCGCUUGCGCCACCCCUCGCCGUGCUGCCCGGUACAACGCUCAAGAUACCGAUCACCAAUCGUUCCGAUGUCGCUGCUAUUCUCGCAAAGAUAUACAGUAUCAGUCCGACGGCUAAGCCGGAUGCCGCCAUCACGGUCGCGUGUGUGCCGCUCAAGUCGAAUACACUGGGCCCGGAUGGCAACUUGUUGAUUGAGGAUGGACAUCAGCACGACAAGACGCAUUACGAGAGCGAUCCCAUACUGGCGACGAAGAAGGAUAUCUUUGGGUAUGCUUGCGUGGCAAAAGUCAGCGGAGUGCAGGGCCGUAAGCAGGGUGAUUUGAGCUUGAUUGUCGAGGGGCUCGAGCGAGUCCAGGUUGUUGAUGUUGUGCAAGAGAGGCCGUACUUUGAGGGAGAGUUGGCGGCUGUUGAGGAAUACAUCGACAUUGCGAGUGCAGACCUCCUGAACCAGUUCAACCUCCUCAAGCAGUUGUCACGCGAGCUACUCGCCCUAGUCCGACUAUCCGCUAUACUACCACGCACACCACAAGUUACGCUUUCGCCUAUUGUCGCACGGAGACUGGAAAUGUUCAUCACACGAAAGGACUUAUCGGACGCUGGCCUGCUCGCCGACUUCAUGGCCAAUGUGGUGGAUACCACACACGAAGAGACGUUGCGCGUACUGGCAUCUGUGGAUGUCAAGGAGAGGGUUGACCGGGUCAUUGAGAUUCUGCAACGGCAGAUCAGCAACAUCCAAGGCAACACGCGCAUGACAGUUGCGACUACACAAUCAUCCAACGGCACGUUGGACAUGGACACACUACGAAAGCUACAACAAGAAGCUCUCAAGAGGCGGACCAAGAUGGGCGGUAUGCCUCCUGGCUUCCCUGCCGGGUUUCCUGGAGGAGGACAACAGCAGGCGGGUGAAGAUGAGCCGAACGAGAUUGAUGAGCUGAAGAAGAGACUCGAGGACGCGAAGCUAUCAGCAGAGGCCAACAAAGUGGCACAGCGCGAGUUGGCAAGAUUACAGAAGAUGAAUCCAGCGCAGGCAGAGUAUCAGGUGUGCCGGAACUAUCUCGAGAACCUUGCAGAGAUUCCAUGGAGCAAGAUGACGGUUGAUCAGCUGGAUUCCAACACGCUGGUCCGAGCAAAGAAGCAGCUUGACAACGACCACUACGGCCUGGAGAAGAUCAAGAAGAGACUACUCGAGUAUCUUGCCGUGCUCAAGUUGAAGGAGCAGGCAAAUAAGAGCAUUGACGAUCAAAUCCGGUCCUUGACCGAAGCCCCUAAUGCGGACGGCGAGGGCGAGGGCGAGGCCAAGCAACCAGCAACUAGAGCGAAGGAGCCGUCGGAGACCGAAGUGCGGCUCUUGGAGAAGAAGCGCAUGGUUGACAAAUCGCCCAUUAUGCUUCUGGUCGGCCCGCCUGGUGUAGGAAAGACAUCACUAGCCAAAUCGGUUGCUACUGCACUCGGUCGCAAAUUCCACCGCAUUUCGCUCGGUGGUGUUCGUGACGAGGCCGAGAUCCGAGGCCAUCGCCGGACAUAUGUCGCAGCCAUGCCCGGGCUUAUUGUCAAUGGACUGAAGAAGGUGGGAGUGGCAAAUCCCGUCUUCCUGCUGGAUGAGAUUGACAAGCUUGGCAUGUCAAAUCACAACGGCGAUCCUGGCGCAGCGAUGCUCGAGGUGCUGGACCCGGAGCAGAACCACACAUUCACGGAUCACUACGUGAAUAUCCCUAUUGAUCUGUCCAAGGUUCUCUUCAUUGCCACGGCCAAUUCGCUGGAUACAAUUCCACCUCCGCUUUUGGACCGCAUGGAGACUAUCCAGCUGUCGGGGUACACGACGCUUGAGAAGCGACACAUUGCCUCGAGACAUUUGAUUCCAAAGCAGAUUACAUCGAAUGGACUGCAGACGGAGCACGUUCAGAUUCCGACCGAGGUGCUUGACAAGAUCAUCACAUCGUACACUCGUGAGUCUGGGGUGCGGAAUCUGGAGCGGGAGAUUGGGUCCGUCUGCCGGGCCAAGGCAGUCGAGUAUGCGACAGCCAAGGACACAAACACGGUAGCGGCCUACUCUCCGGUGGUGACUGUAGAAGAUGUCGAAGCAACACUGGGAAUUGAAAAGUUUGCCCAAGAAGUAACUGAGCAGUCUGCGCGACCGGGUGUAAUCACAGGCUUGGUAGCCUACUCAACGGGCGGCCAAGGAUCCAUCUUGUUCAUCGAGAUUGCAGACAUGCCAGGCCAAGGACGCGUGCAGCUGACGGGCAAGCUGGGUGACGUGCUCAAGGAGAGUGUAGAAGUUGCUCUGACGUGGGUCAAGGCGCACGCAUUCGACCUGGGGCUCAGCACGACGCACGACGAGGACAUUAUGAAGAACCGCAGCAUCCACGUGCAUUGUCCCAGCGGAGCGAUUCCCAAAGACGGCCCGUCUGCCGGCCUGGCACAUACCAUUGGUCUUAUUUCGCUCUUUAGCAAUCAGCCUGUUCCACCGACGCUGGCCAUGACUGGUGAGAUAUCGCUGCGCGGCCGGGUUCUCCCUGUGGGAGGCAUCAAGGAGAAGCUGAUUGGGGCUUUGGGCGCAGGCGUGGAGCGAGUGCUGCUGCCAGAGGGCAAUCGAAAGGAUGCUAGUGAGUUGCCUGAGGAGGUUGUCCGCGGACUCAAGAUUGAGUUUGUGGGACAUAUCUGGGAGGCGCUGGGUAAGGUUUGGCCUGAGAGAUGGGAGGGUGAGGGCGCGAGGGGAUGGGAGAGUAGGUUGUAA